AGAGCGAGCGAGAGAGAGCGAGCGAGCGAGCGGGUCCGCCCACCCUUCUGAAAGCAUUCAACUAGUGUGCUCAAGAUCAUUCAAGGAUCACUCAGCUCACAGCCAGCAGGGAAGGAAAAGGAUCGCCUGCAGUGAGAGAGAGAGAGAGAGAGCGAGCGCGCUACAAGUUGACUCGCAGCCGCCACCGCCGCCGCCGCCGCAGAAGCUUUUCUCCGUCCCGUCCCGCUCCGCCCCCGCCGGAAAGCCGCUUCGCAUCAUGUCGGCGUUGACGGCGCUAAGCGGCGCCGUCCUGCUGCUGCUGCACAUCUGCCCGUCGUCUCCGGACGCGGCGCCGGAGCCGGGCGCCGCCGCCGGGCGCUGCCCCUCCUGCGCGCUGGCCGGGAUGGAGCGGGAGGAGGCCGGCCCCCAGCGAGAAGUGGUGGAGGCGGUCAAGCGCCACAUCCUCAACAUGCUGCACCUCCACGCUCGCCCCAACAUCACCCGGCCCGUGCCCCGCGCCGCCCUCCUCAACGCCCUGCGCAAGCUGCACGUGGGCCGGGUGGCCGACGACGGCAGCGUGCACAUCGAGGGGGAGGAACCCCAGGGGCGGCGGCGGGGAGGAAAAGGAGGAGCCGCCGCCGCCGCCCCGCCCGCCCUCGCUCGGACCCGGGACGACGACGACGACGAGCAAGAGGCCACCGAGAUCAUCGCCUUCGCCGAGCCCGGCGAGAGUCGGGACACCGUGACCUUCGUCCUGUCCAAAGACGGCGGCGGCGGGGCCGAGGCGUCGGUGGUGGAGCAGGCCAACGUGUGGCUCUUCCUGCGCUCGGCCAAGAACAACCGCAGCCGCGGCAAGGUGGCCGUCCGCCUGUACGGCGCCGGCGACGUCCCGCUGGCGGAGAAGACGGCCGACACGCGCCGCAGCGGCUGGCACACCUUCCCCGUGACGGGCGCGGCGCGGGCGCUCUUGGAAGGCUCGGGCUCGGCGCUGGCCGUCAGGGUCUCCUGCCCGCUCUGCGCCAGCUUCGGCGCCGCGCCGGUGCUGGCGCCCGAGUCGUCGUCGCCGCGCCCGUCCCAACGGGAGCAGUCCCACCGCCCCUUCCUGAUGGCGGUGCUGCGUCCCGACUCGGGCGAGGCGCGGCAGCGAAGGCGCAAACGCGGGCUGGAGUGCGACGGCAAGGUGCGCGUCUGCUGCAAGCGGCAGUUCUACGUCAACUUUAAGGACAUCGGCUGGAACGACUGGAUCAUCGCGCCGGCCGGCUACCACGCCAACUACUGCGAGGGCGAGUGCCCCUCGCACGCCGCCAGCGUGGCCGGCUCGGCGCUCUCCUUCCACUCCACCGUCAUCGGCCACUACCGCAUGCGGGGCUACAGCCCUUUCCAGAACCUGCGCUCCUGCUGCGUCCCCACGCGGCUGCGGGCCAUGUCCAUGCUCUACUACAACGAGGAGCACAAGAUCAUCAAGAAGGACAUCCACAACAUGAUCGUGGACGAGUGCGGCUGCUCCUAGACGCCCCGCUAUUCUGGCACUUUCGGACAAAAAGGAUAUUAAUAUAUUUUUUCUUAAUGGACGUGGCCUACCCGUGCGGCCGAGAACACGCCGGCGGCGCCCGCCGGCCAGAAACUAUGCAACUCGUUUGGGUGCAGUGAACCCCCGUUUAAAGCCUACCUUUUCAACCCAAUACGAAUGAUUGACCCAUCUAUCGGACCAAUCGGGCAGUCCGAUUCACGAAGCAAAAGACUGGGCUAACGGAUCGAUACAAACACAAACAUUUUCAACACUACAUCAAUAAAAAACCCAAAAUUCAAAUUUUUUCCCCUCAAUUGGACGUUUACUGAACAGUGCUUCUACUACAAUGGCCUCAGGGUGGCGCCAAAGUCAAUGCGUGAAGCCACGAGUAGCUAAUUUCUCAACCGAUUAUUUUUUGUUCAUUCGCCGGCAUUCCUCCCACACCAAACUGAUUGGACGUCUAGCUCUGUCGACGGCAGCCAAGAUUCAAACUCCCACCGAUUAGUUAUACACUAGUAGACAUCCAAUCCAGUGGCAGCGAAUGAACGAACUAAAAUUCCAUCAAACCAGUAAAAUGACCCGUGAUAAAUAAAGCGGGGGUUCACUGUAUAACCCGAUUCCCGUUUUUCCUUUUGCUGACUCUAAACGCACCAGAUGGAUGGCCACUCCCCCUUGUUUGUGUGCGUGCGCGCGCGAGUGUUGAGAUUACUUGAAUGAAACAAGUUGGCUCGGCUGCUGAAACCAAACACUUCUACGUUACCAUGGUUACCGUGUUCUGAUGUUUACCGUCACUAAAUAUAUGAAUAAUAUUAUUGUUAAUAAUAUUUACGCGUCGUCGUUUAAGAAAUGUUUUUGCACUAUAACGAGACUCCGGCUCACCACUUUCGACGGCCGUCUUCAAACACAAAACGGAACGUUAGCUUAGCGGCGAACAAAGCACAGGAAGCGCUCGGAUCGGUCGCCGGUCUUCACUUUUAUUUUGGUCACUUUUAGUUCCUCUCGGACACCAAAGAGGCUCGUGUGUGUGCGUGUGUGUGUGUGUGUGUGUGUGCGCGCGUGCGUGAAAAUGCCGGAAAACGUGUUUUUUAAAAAGCCCAAAAGGACGACUGGCGUCGAGCUUCUCCGCCUACAUUUCCCACAAUGCUCGGCUCUCCUCCGCACAAAGUGUCGGAGAAGGAAGAAAUGCUUGUGCUUUCCCCACAGUUUGGCCAAAAAGUCUUUUGUUUGCGCUACUUCCGGACAAACUCGCGAGAAAUAAAAAAAAAAGUUUGUGUUGUUAACACUGAACAUAUGAUGGAGUGUAAGGGCAAAACAA